CUGAAGCAAUCAUGGCAACCACGGUCCACGAUGUGCUCCCAAGUAAUUUCGCCUAUGUGAUCUUUACUUACAUCUACAGCGUGUUUAUGAUAAUGUACCUGAGCAUGAAGGUGAUGGGGGCAAGGAAGAAGUACGGAGUAAAGUAUCCUGAGAUGUACUCCAAAGACCAAAUGUUUAAUUGUGUCCAGAGAGCACAUCAGAACACUAUGGAGGUGUAUCCAGUGUGGGUUAUUUUCCAGCUUAUAGCUGGGCUUGCAUUUCCACUCGCUGCUGCAGUUCUUGGAGCAAUUUGGGUGACUAGCCGAUUUUCAUAUGCCUGGGGAUAUUACACUGGCGAUCCCCAGAAGAGAAUGAAGGCAGCUUAUGGCUACAUUGGGUAUUUUGGAUUGAUGCUGCUGUCUAUAGCCGCUGCUCUACAGCUUCUCCAAAUUAUUUAAUUAAACCUGCCUUUCAGCUUACCUGGGAACACUUCCUGUAAUGUUAUUUCAUUGUAUGUCAUUGGAAAAGCAUAUUAUUAGAUUGUUAUCUUUUACUUUGUUUUGUUAUAUGGGACAUAAAAUGGUCCAGAGAAUACCCAGACUAUUGCUUUUAAUUGCUAGAUUUUUAACACAUUUUUUUACCCUAAUAGCUGUAAUGUGACAGUCUGCACUUGUUAGCGGUCUUAGAAAAACGGACAGGGGAAUGUCGUCGGUCAUUAUCUAAAACUUGUUCCUAUAAAAUUGAGAGUUCACCAUAAUAACCAGCUUAUUUGUCUGUUUUUAACUGUCAGCCUGCUGUUCAAUUUUGUAGUUUGCAGCCUCAUUGCCUGGAUUGUACUUUCCUGGGUUAUGUUCCCUUCUGCAAAAGUUUACUAUCACAUGCCAGCAUGCUGUGCCCCUUUUCUCUUCCUUUGAAUUCUUCCUUACCGGGUAGUCUGUUUUACUGAAAACUAAGACAUUUCCAAACAUGUCCAAAUCUAUAUCCACAAACUGUUUCUUUUAAUCGCUUCUUGCAUAGCAUCAUUUGUACUUGGGCUAAACAUUUUCUGAAUUACACAUAAUUCUGUAUAAGCAGUUAUAUAAAUAAAUGCUCACUGCAUUGCUGCAGCCACAUAUGUUGAUCAGUAAACUACGCUGUGAGUCUUGAGAAUUUUGUCAGAACUAUUGAUUUGUAAGUAGUAGACAAAGGGAGAACAAUUGCCAAAAGGAAGUAUAGACCGUUUUAUGGAUAAAGUUUAAGGAAGUAUAGACCGUUUUAUGGAUAAAGAUUUCAUAUAUGCUUCUGAUAACAGCCUUUAUAUUUUCUUGGAGUUAAUCAGUAUUUUGAAGUUUGGAAAGUUCACAUUACAUUGUUGGAAACCAUUUUGUUGAAUAUUGGAUAAUAGUGACUCACUUUUGGUGUACCUGUAUAACCUUGCCUUAGCCAUAUUCUUUUACAUGUGCUUUCUCAGAUAAUAUAUGUGUAAUAUCCUAGCAUUGGUAGGGUCAUUCUGUUCUUUUGAUGUUCUUUUACUAGCUUUGGCUGUUCCUUUAACGUCUUAAUUGCUUCUUUUCAGCCUGGCAAGACUCAAACUAGCCUUUUUCUCCCGUUACAAUAAAUUAACAAUAAAAGCUAUUUUGACAAAG